GGACCUCUUUGCAAGUGUGAUUCAGUUAUGGUGGCAUGCAAAGGAGUUUGGACCCAACCUUUCUGGAAGGCAGUGUCAGGAGAAUUUUUGGCCACCCUAAUACUUGUACUGCUCAGCUGCGGCUCAACUAUCAACUGGAGUACAAAGGAAAAUCCCCAACCAGAAGACUUGGUCCUUAUAGCUCUAUGCUUUGGACUUAGCAUUGCAACCCUAGUGCAGUGCUUCGGACAUAUAAGUGGAGCCCACAUUAACCCAGCAGUAACUGUUGCCAUGCUUUGCAUGAGGAAGAUCAGCCUUUCAAAGUCAGCAUUUUAUAUUGUUGCUCAGUGUUUGGGUGCCAUAGCUGGAGCAGGGAUACUCUACUUGGUCACACCAUCAGAUGUAACAGGCAUGCUGGGAGUUACAAAGGUGAAUAAACAGCUUUCAUCUGGUCAUGGUCUCCUUGUGGAAUUGAUCAUUACAUUUCAAUUGGUUUUUACCAUUUGUGCCAGCUGUGAUGCAAAGCUUAAUGACAUCACAGGAUCGGUAGCAUUAGCAAUUGGAUUUUCUGUGACCAUAGGACAUUUAUUUGCUAUCAAUUACACAGGAGCCAGCAUGAACCCAGCGAGAUCAUUUGGACCUGCUGUUAUUAUGAACAUAUGGGAAAGCCAUUGGGUAUAUUGGGUUGGACCAGUGGUGGGUGCAGUCAUCGCAGGAACCCUUUACGAAUAUGUUUACUGUACCGAUCCUGAACUGAAGAAUCGCAUAAAGGACGUUUUAAAUAAAGCCACCCAACAAUCCAAAGGGAAGUAUAGUGAGGUGGAGGAGAGCAAAAGCCAGGUGGAAUCAGACGAUCUAUUGCUAAAACCAGGAAUUGUUCAUGUCUUUGAUGAAAAAAAAGGAAUAGACCCUUCUGAGGAAGUCCUUUCUUCUGUAUGACUAGCACCUAGUGCUGAAACUAUAGAACAACCUUCUGUAAUGUCUCCAAUAACUUUUUCUUCAAUUAAAGAGACAGAUAUAAUAUAACGUCAUUUAUCUAUAACAUAGAUCCAGUAUUUCAUGUAAAAUACAGUACAGUCUAGAAUAAGCUCA